UGAUGGUGUCUGUUGAGAGAUAUUGAUGUCACUGCUCAAAGUAUUGUCAUCAUCUCCCAUGAUAAAAGAUCACGACUGUAUGAUAGAGGGGGAUUAACUGGUUUUAUCUGGGAUUAAAGACAGUCCCCGUCUAGGUUUCCUAAUGGGUGUGGGUUUAUAUUCAGAGCUUAACACCUUCUAAAAGCUCUCCAUCCAUCACUUCAUUCUAGAGAGAAGCUCGCUCACAAGUCCAGACCAGACCGCAGCAUGACUGAAACUGUAACACUUGUUUUGAAGAAGUAUGCACUGAUACCUGUAUUUUAAUAAGAAGAAAAUCCAGAUGAAGAUUGUAGAAUUGCAGAUUACGUCUGUGGCGGACAAAAUGGAGCAAGUGUCAGGUGAUCGGGAUCAGUUGUUUUCUCUGGUUAGUAAAGCUCAGCAUGGAAGAAUGGAUGAGCAGCGCUGUACCUUGGCUCCAGCAACACCUCGAAAAGCUCACGCCUGCAGCCCAGAUCCCGAUGAUUUUUUCCAGCUGCUGGUCAAGAGUCAAAGUCAACGAUUAGAUGAGCAGCGGGUGACGCUUAACUCAUUGCCAGGGAUGGAGGCAUUCAUGAUCAAAGAUCCUAAAGAUGGAAAUGUAUUGAAGACAAACUUUGAUCAGAUCUGUAGCAUGGUCAGCAGAGCUCAUAGUUUCAGGAAACGCAAUCCUCCAAAAAUGAGCCUGACCCCUGGGCCCCAGGACUCUAUGAGAAGAUCAAGCUUCAGUCCUCGUGCCACUGCUGAUUCGGACACUUAUAACACUCUCACAACCAGAUCAGCCUCGUUCAGCCCUAUAUCAGACAAGGACAGAAUGGACUGUGAAAGUUUUCAACGUGAGCAGGACCAGCUGUUGUGUCUAGUUAGUCAAGCACAAAAUGGACGUAUGGAUGAACAACGCUGCUCGAUUAACCCUUUAUCACGCAGACAUAUGGAUAACAGCCAGUCAGAUCAAGAUGUUGAGAAGUUUUUUAAACUCAUUGCUAACACCCAAAAUCGCCAGUUAGAUGACCAGCGAGCGACGCUUAACCGGUUACCAGAGAUCAAAUCGCCUCAUAGUAUGACCGCUCAGGAUUCAGAUCAGCUCUUCAGCAUGAUCUCCAGAAUACAGGGCUCUCGGAUAGAUGAUCAGCGCUGCUCUGCUCCCAAAAUCCACCUGGGGUCUCCCGCCCCCCCAAAGAAGUCUCCUUCUCAACCUGUAUCACCGACUAACCGUCCAUCCCAAUCAGGCUCACCCACUAAAUCAUCCCAGAGAUCAGGAACAUUCAGUCCUGACUCUGAGCAUCAUUAA